CCAAUGCACACAACAAAUGGAGCUCGGAGUCAGUCAGCGAUAGAAACAUGAACAGUCACUCAUCACUCAGCACUGUGCUGCUCUCUAACUGACACAGUUACCCUCGCAGACGGCCUGUAUGGCGGGUCUGUCCUAUCUCGUGCUCCGGUUUUCGGGCUCCGCUGGUCGGACUUACGGAGUGUUUUCUAAAGGCUUGACGAGGACUUUGUUGAUAUUUUUUGAUCUCGCAUGGCGACUGCGAAUCAGAUUCCCUUAUAUCUACCUGGUCGCUUCGAUGAUGUUUAAUGUCAGGUUACAGGUCCACAUUGAAAUCCACUGAAUCUUCAAUGCCCGUAUUUGGACUUUAAUCCAUACAUUGUGGUGCCAUGUUUCUGCCCUCUGAAAGAAACUGUCUGGCACUGCACAGCGACGUAGAGGAGGAGGACGCUUAAUUCUGUGAGACGAUGCAACAAAGUGACACGGCUGGUUGUCGCCCAGUGCCUUCGCAGGGGAAGGACAACAGUGAAGACUGCAAACAAUAAGCGAGAGUGAGCGGUGAUGUGUGAGGGUGGAGGAGGAACCGAGGCCUCACCUAAACCCUCUUAGCUCGCCACCUGAGAUCCAGGAGCCGCCCUCCCUGUCCGUGGAGAUCGCGUCAGUUGAAUCGUGGAUUGUGACACUGCCUUUUUUCUCUGGAUAUUGAGGAUUUUGGCGUGGACUUGUUACUGUUGAUACCGAUGAUUGUUGCUGUGGUACUUUGUGGCCACUCUUUAUUGUUUCACAUGUUUAAUAUGUGCUCAGUGUCAACAUCUCACUUUAAUUUAAAACAUAAAUACCUACUUCGCAUGACACAAACGAGCAUGUUUUUUUUGUCAUAUUGACACUUCAUAUGGAGGUUUGCAGCAGAGCAGUACAGCUGCACCUACGGGAAACCUACAGUCUGUCAUUAAGUGCAGUCUCAAUGGGAGUCACUGCAUGUCGUCUCACUCAUUGUGUUGCUUUCUGCAUAUCCCUGGAAAGACGCUGGUGAAAAAAAAAUUCCCCGCAAAGUUACUUUUUUUUGCUGCAUUUGUUUUUAUUUCUGUGAAAAGUUUGGGCGGGCAAGGGUGGGGGGGGCGGUUAAUUCUUAGAACUGAGACUAAGGACAACUGAUUUGGGGAGUAAUAAAUGAAUGAAAUCACAAGUUUCCGCCUUUCUGUCCUAAUAACCAAUCAUUCAUUUCUAGGUUUGCUGAAGUGCCUUUUAAAGUGUUAAACUAUGUUUGGGCAUGUAUUUGUGGGUGUUUUGAAAUACCUUGUUUCUUAU